AUGCUAUUAGUCAGCAGCUACUACCGUUAUAAUGUCAUCAAAAAGUAAGUAAAUAAAAUCAUUACUGUGCAGUUUGUUAGAAAAAGCAAAGUAAAAACUUGUAAACCUCUAGUACAUCUGUUUCAAGGUAAAAGAGAUACAGAUUUUUAAAAUAAAAAAAAACCCGAUUUUUCAAGCGGAAUCGAACUUUUUUGAUUUUUGAACAUUUUUAAAUGCCCUUACCUCAUUAACAAAAAAUAAUUGAAAGAUAAAACUUUCUGAACUUGUACAACUUUUUAUACUCUAUAAAACGUACAUGUUCAAUUUUUUUAAAAAAAUUUAUGCAAGUACUUUGUAAGUAUAGGGUACGGUAGAAUUACUGUAACUUUUUCGAAUCAACAAGAAAAAACAUUUUUUUUUGCAAUUUCGUUGCCAAAAAGAAUAUUGUAAAAUCACAAAAAUUUUAAGCUUUACUCUUUUAGUUUCAAGAAAGUUAUACUUACAACCGUCGUGUCUCAUUUUUUCUUGCCGCCACUGUACCUUCUGAAAAGCUUUUUUAAACGUAUUUUUAAACAAAUAUUUGUUGUAGCAGGCAAGUGAAACGAAACAACCAAUGGAUAGCGCCAUAUGUCACGUUGACAGCCGUUUGUCUAAUAAUAAGUUUGCUGUUUGUCGUUGUUAUAGAUAUUGAUAAGAAUUUACAAUCUUCCUACAAACAACUUAAUUGGUGCCAUGACGACAACAUAACUAACGUUAUAGUUACAAGAUUGGUAAGUGUUUUAAAAUUUAAAAAUUUUGGAUUAAACGUUUGCAUCUUAAUUUUCACAAUGUGUCAAUCAACAGUAAAUCAAAUUUUAAGCAUAUAAGCUAUUAACUUUACAAUUUAUAAACAAUUUAGGCGUCUCUUAACGUGGUAGUGUCAAUUGCGGCUUUUAUAUUCUUAAUAAUGGUUUAUAGUGCUGCGUUAUAUUACGGUGUAAAAACGUACAAACUUAUAAAUAAAAACAUCAUUCACGUUUCAGCAAGGACAAUAGAAACCCAGAAGCAGUUGACUAAGAUGUUAAUCGUUCAGGUAAGAGUAUUUUUGUAAUUUACUUGCAUAGGCAAUCCUGAACGCUAGAGUAGGGAAAUAGAGAAAGGAGGGAGGAUAGAUUGGGGAGGGGUUCAGGGAGGGUUGGGGAGAAGUUGGAGUGCAGAAAGUUUGGGGUGGGUUUAAGGAGGACUUGAAAAAAAGGCUAAUACGUUUCCUUAGUAGACUGAAAAAGGGGCCCAUUAUGCCAGUAUCGGCUCUGGGACGGCGUGAGAAAAUCAAUUUGAAAAGAUUUUGGGUUAGUUUUGAUCGUGGGGACUUGAGAGCCUGUCCUAAAGGAUAACCUCAGCUUUCCAGCUAAUGUCCCGCAACGAAAGAUUUGACUUCUUUUAUAACAAGAUGCAGUGGGGUUCUAAAUUUGUUAGUUAUACAGGAGCUUCGGUAUAGAUGAGUUUGUUUAUAUUUGUUUUAUUGUACUUAAUCUAAAAAUUUCAGGCAAUAAUACCCUUUAUAACAUGUGUUGGUCCUCUUUGUGGAGCUUUUCUUGGCGUUCUCUCAAAAGUAGAUUAUGACGGUUUAGAAAUUACUGUAAAUGGCUGUAUGUCAUGGAUCCCAGUAUUAGAUGUUUUGUCAACAAUCAUUUUUAUCAAGCCUUAUCGUCAAUACAUCAUGCGUUGUUGGACAAAAAGAAAGUCACUGGUUAGCCAUUCGUCGAUGAGUGCACACAAUCGGACGGCGAAUGGUACUGCGGAGUUUAUCCAAGUACAAUAG